AUGCAAGCACUGGCACUAUCCGAGGUGCCGCCGAACCGCGGAUCGGGCGGACGUACGACGGAGAAUAUACUACAUAUUGGGGGCCGGUUCGAGCAUGAUAGCGUCAAGCCUCAACAGGAACCCCUGUGGAACUCCGAUCUUGUGAAUUACGAGGGGAAACACGAGGAAGGCAACGAAGCGACCGCGAGUGGCCUGGACGGUCUGACUUUGGUGGAGAUGUUUGAGUUUACUCUGCCCAAAGAUAGUGAAUCCCGCCGCCCGGAUUGCACCCCCGUCUCUGAUCUUAGUGAUGAGAACGUCUCGGGCAGGCAGUUCAAAAGGGUAUUGGCGUCACUCAUUCUUACACGCAAGGCAGAUUGCAUCUUCGAUUUUGUUGACCACGGCUUGGACGACAGGAAGCUCUGUGAAGCCGAGUUCAGCUUACCAGACCAAGAUGUCAUGUUAGAAGAUGAAGGCUACCUGCAGGACUUAUAUAAAGGGUAUCCUGGUCCCUGUCAGGAUCCGGAAGUGUGGUCAAGGGAAGAUAUUCGCAACUUGAGAAGGGUGAGGUGGGAGGUCUCCCCGGUCUUCUUUACCAUUGAGAGAGGGGACGCGCCUGAGUCGACGAGCGUACGGUAUAAAAUUGUCCACUAUGAGUUGCGCAGCGCGGAAGAGACUCUUCCAUUCGGCAAAACGGAUAUCGUCCCCAAAACCAACGGGGCUUUUUCCUCGUUUGAGUUUUACACCAUCAAUCCGCAUCAGCAAAACUUUCACCGAUACACGCUUCUGGCAACAUUCGAGGUUGUGGGCAAGAGUGCACCAAGCAAGUACCACUUCAUGUUUGAGGCGGCGGACGGGACGAUUCUCACCUUGUGGGAGAGCGAGAAGGAGUGGAAGAGAAUCAAGUCCAGGUCCCAAACGGGACGCAUCGAAGUUGCCCGCUGGGUCGCGCGGCAGUGCCACGGCUUAGCCGAGGGACUCAGCCAGUUUCAUAAAUUCUCCAAGUUCCACGACGACCCGAACCCGAAGACAAAAGGAAUGCAUGGUGAUAUCAAGCCAGAUAACAUAUUGUGGUACAAGGGUUGGAUUCCAGGCAACAGCGGCCCUCUCUCAGUUCAGGCUACAGACAGUCCGGAGACGAGCGACGAGGAUGACCUUGGGGUCCUACAACUCGCGGAUUUCGGGCUCAGUAGCUUUCACUCCACCGGCACCGUACACAACGUUAUAUCUUCCAACGAUUUCCUCGAUUACGCGGCCCCGGAAACGGAAGGCUGGCUACGUCACCCGCCGCCGGCCGACGUGUGGCAACUGGGGUGUUUGUUCCUCGACUUCGUCACGUGGCUCCCAAUGGAAGAGACCACCAUGCAUGUUAAUCACGCGAGCAAUCUUUACAACAGCAAACACUCAUCAUCUUUUGUCCGUGAUGUUAUAAAUUUGGUCAUUAAUCGCAUGCUCGUCGUCGAGCCUUUUGAUUGCUUGAACCAGCAUCAGUACCCCGAGAAAACGAAGGCUACGUGCCGAAUAUCUAGCAGUGUAGCAUCUGAAAUAUUGGGCGGGAUGCUGGACAUGGGAAAUAGGAGCGAGAAUUAUUUCCAGCCAUCAAGUGUAGAGAAGUCGGUGGAGUACAGCAAGGAGCCAAUUGUCAUCAAAACCACGCUUAAGCAGAUGAGACAAGAUGUUCUGGAUAGGAGUCGAGAGAACACUGAGAAUUUGGAAAUGGAACAAAGCUUCAACUCGCGCACAAUCCCUCAUUUCCGUGUAUCAAACGUCAGCGCCCUGUUUGCGGGACUGUGGACGGCGCCGACGGAACCCUGGUCAAGUAUUACCCGAACUGGGCCCACCAUCGCCGCCCUGAUUCCGGCGAGCGGGGACGUAGCGGGUCCGAGCUACCGAAAUAGGAAUGUGCACGUUGCCAAGGAAAAUGGACGAGAGGAUUCACGAUGCGACUCCAUUUCUGUGCGCGCGCGCCCUUGGCCCUACACGGCGGGAGCCUAG